UCGACGAGGACCAGCGGGCGCCGUACGAGCCUCCGCGGGGCGAGUACAUGUACACCAAGAUGAACUACUUCCGGCGGCUACAGCAGGACUGGGUCCGCGUCUCACCACCGACCAAGCCGUCGCCGACCCAUGGCAUGUACCCGCCGCCCCAUGUGUUGCCUGCCGCAGUUUUUGCGCGAGGCGACGCCAAAGAAGGCUUCCAGACCGUCCACGAGGCGCCGCCGCAUCGCUACCAGAGCGGCUGGUCGACUGUCUUUUCGAUCUGGAACACAAUGAUCGGGUCGACGCUCGUCGCGCUGCCGUACGGCUUCUCGUGCAGCGGGAUCAUCCUCGGCAUUGGCAUCGUCCUCCUCAUGGGCGUCAUCUGCUGCCACGCGUGCAACCUCGUCGUCACCUACGGCAAGGACUUUUCCGACUUUGGCGACCUCACGCAGUAUCAUUUCGGGCGGCGCGUCCAGCUCUUCGCGAUGACCGUCUCGUUGCUCGUGCUUGUCGGCGCGUGCAUCGCGUACCACGUGCUCAUGAAGCAGUGCGCGUACGCAGUGUUUAGCGCGCUCUUGCAUUGGUCAGGGCGAUCGGACCUCGCCGCACACUGGACGCCGUCCGCCGCUGCCUUGUUGGUGCUCCUUCUCUUCCCCGUGACGAAUCUCAAGCACUUUUCGACGCUCGUGUUUCUCAACUCGCUCGGCAUUCCGUUUGUGCUGUUUACGAUCGUAUUCAUCGUCUACCAGGGCGUCGACACGGUUGUCACCGGGCGGCUCGAUGACGAUAUUGUCUUUGGCGGCAAGUCGACCUUUGGCAUCCUCGGCGGCAUCGUGACGCUCUCGUUCUUCAUCCACAAUGCGAUCCAGCCCAUCGUGCGGCACUGUGACCCGUCGCAGCGCCAGCGCCACGUGACAACGGCGUAUACGCUCGUGGGGCUGAGCUACACGGCAGUCGGCGCACUUGGCUACAUUGGGUUUCCCCACGGCCACAUCCACCAGAACUUUCUCGACGCCUUCCCCAUCACCGAUGUAUUUGCGUUUAGCGCCCGGGCGUCGCUCUUACUGCAGCUGGCGACCGUGUACCCGCUUGUGCUUCUCAUUGUGCGCACGCAGCUCUUCCACUUGGUCUUCCAUACGGCGUGGCCUGGCCUUUUGCCCGUGGUGGGUCUCAACGUCAUCGUCAUGACGGUCACGACGCUCUUUGCUAUCUACUACCCCAACUUCGGUGACGUCUUGCGCUUUACGGGCGCGAUCGGCGGCUUUGUACUCAUCUUUGGCGUCCCGAUUGGCAUCCACUUGAACGCACGCGUCGCCAAGCGCCACUUGACGAAGCGGUCGCUCGUUGUCUACGGCGCGAUGGGCUGGAUCGGCCUCGGGCUUCUUGUGCUGCAGUUUGUGCCCAUGCAGCAAUAGAAUAAGACUCGUACCAAUAAGAAAGAGUAGUCGUGCGUUUGAUGCGCCUUGA